AAUCUUUUUUUUGAGAAGAACUGAUGUGGGGGCAGGGUGUGUGGAAGAAGGGAAGAAAUGACAGUGGCCUGAACCAGGGUAAGUCUAGUGUAGGUGGUUGAGAAGUGAUUCUUCUGGAAGGUAAAGUUGCUGAUGGAACUGAAUGGAGGAUGCCAAGACUUUUGACCUGAGUGAUUAGAAGGAUGGAGUUAACAUCAGGUGAAAUGCGGGAAACUUCUUCAAGUGGAACAAAUUUGAGAGAUCCUAAACAUGGCCAUGAUGGUAAUGGAUGCAAGGACAAUCCUCCAAAUAUUUUCCAGGUAGCUUGAUCCCUACCAAUAAGACUGCACCACCCAGGGCACUAUGAAAAUGAAGUUGCCACUGACUGGAGGUCAGCAGUCCUGCAUUGGAUCCAGAUGAAUGUACACCAGCAUGGAACCCCCAAGGCUAUGCUCUAGAGGGUCAUCUCUGAACCUCCUUGAAAAUGAUGAGGUGGAGUUUGUCCGAACUGGCUAUGGGAAAGAUAUGGUAAAAGUUCUCCAUAUUCAGCGAGAUAGAAAAUAUCACAGCAUUAAAGAGGUGGCAACUUCAGUGCAACUUACUCUGAGUUCCAAAAAAGAUUACCUGCAUGGAGACAAUUCAGAUAUCAUCCCUACAGACACCAUCAAGAAUACAGUUCAUGCCUUGGCAAAGUUCAAAGGAAUCGAAAGCAUAGAAACCUUUGCUGUGAAUAUUUGUGAGCAUUUUCUUUCUUCUUUUAACCAUGUCAUCCAAACUCAAGUCUAUGUGGAAGAAAUCCCUUGGAAGCGGCUUGAAAAGAAUGGAGUUAAGCAUGUCCAUGCAUUUAUUCACACUCCCACUGGAACACACUUCUGUGAGGUUGAACAGCUGAGAAGUGGACCCCCAGUUAUUCAUUCUGGAAUCAAAGACCUCAAGGUCUUGAAAACAACCCAGUCUGGAUUUGAAGGUUUCAUCAAGGACCAGUUCACCACCCUCCCUGAGGUGAAGGACCGAUGCUUUGCCACACAAGUAUACUGCAAGUGGCGCUACCACCAGUGCAGGGAUGUGGACUUCGAGGCUACCUGGGACACCAUUCGGGACCUUGUCCUAGAGAAAUUUGCUGGACCCUAUGACAAAGGCGAGUACUCGCCCUCUGUUCAGAAGACCCUCUAUGAUAUCCAGGUGCUCUCCCUGAGUCGAGUUCCUGAGAUAGAAGAUAUGGAGAUCAGCCUGCCGAACAUUCACUACUUCAGCAUAGACAUGUCCAAAAUGGGUCUGAUCAACAAGGAAGAGGUCUUGCUGCCAUUAGACAAUCCAUAUGGCAAAAUUACUGGUACAGUCAAGAGGAAGUUGUCUUCAAGACUGUGACAUUGUGGCCACCAAUAGGAGUCCACUCUCAGCUGAGGAAUUCCUUACGUCAUUUGUGAUGCUGGAGAUUAUAGCAUGUAGCCAUGCAAAAUUUCACACUAGUAUAUUGAUUUAUAGUGUUCACUUUCCUCCAAUACGAAGCAAUUUAUUUCUUCUACAUCUAGCUCAGCAAGGCAUUCUGUGGAUUACCUUAUUAGUAAUUGUAACAUGCUUUAUGGCUAUAGUUUACUUUUAAAAUGCUGAGCAGUAUCAUAACAGUUAUACAUCAGUAUUUCUUUUUGGUUGACUUAUGCCUUCCUAGCUUCGAGCAGCUUUAGAAUCAAUUCAUUAAGAAGAUAAUCAUGAAUUAAUGGGUGUGUCACAUCAAUUAAUUUGUGCACAGCUUUAAAAAACAAAUAUUGUUUUCAUCCUACUGAUGCUCCUAAGUAAUGCAGAAAAGGAAAUAAAAUUAUAUUGAAAAAUAUCACCAUUGUUACUUCAUUUGACUGAGUAUUCGGAUUUUAAGAAUGCUCUAGCAUAUCACUGAUGGUUUAUUUCCACUCUGAUAGUACUUCUGUGAUCUUAAUGUAUUGAUUUUAAACUUUUUCAAUCCUUAGAUAAUAUUUAGUACAUAUAAGCAUACUGAAAAAGAGUAUAAAUUGUUUUUCUUUGAAUAAUGCAUCCAUUAUGUGCACAAAAUGUCACAUUUAAUAAAUGUUAAGCCAAUAUACAGAUGGGUAGAUGUACACAUAGAAAGAAGACUAGAGAGUAUAGAAGUGAAAAUAUCAGCAAUGACGAUUUCUGGUCGAUGGGAUUAUGAAUGUUUUUUACGUACCUUUCUGAAUCUUCCAAAUAUGAACAAUUAUUUCUUUUACAAUCAGAGAAACAAACAUAGUUGAUGAUUUAAAGAUGCAUACAGAUUUGAGGGCUGAUUAUAUCAACUAACACUACCAUUGUGUACAUAUAAUAAAGCUUCACGAAUUAUAACUUUAGAAACCCAUGAUGAAAACCUGUCCACAUGAACAUUCUAGAUCACCUUUUCCAUUAAAAAAAUCUUUAUUUAAAAAAAUAAAAUAAAAUCUCCAUUUUUAAGAAA